ACGCCGUCGUUUUCGCCGGAGAAGGAAGUUCUCAUCCUCAAUUCGAAAAUGCCGGCGAAUGAUGCUGAGUACGAUGUCAAAGUUUUAUCUCAAUCUGCGACGGGGGAUUACACAUUCGCUAAUGUGGAUAAUUUGGAGCAUUGUACGAAGUAUUUGAAUCAGACAAUGGUUACAUUUGGAUUUCCCGCCUCGCUCGAUCUCUUUUCGAAUGAUCCGGUCUCUAUCUCAAGGACUUGCAAUUGUAUGUACUCGUUGCUGCAACAACGACAACGUGAUAUAGAGUUUAGAGAAUCUGCUAAUGAGCUGAGACAGAGACAACAAUCGGAUAUAGCUAGACUUGAAGCUAAAGUUGAGAGGCUUGAAGCGCUACUCCAACAGAAGGACAGAGAAAUUGCAACAAUUACCAGAACCGAAGCCAAAAACACAGCAGCUUUGAAGUCUCAGAUAGAAAAGUUACAGCAGGAGAGGGAUGAAUUCCAAAGGAUGGUGAUUGGUAACCAGCAAGUCAAGGCUCAACAGAUACACGAAAUGAAGAAAAAGGAGAAGGAUUACAUUAAGUUGCAGGAACGGCUGAAUCAAGUAUUAAUGGAGAAAAAGAAAGAAUCAAGAUCUGGAAUGGAGAUUAUGAAUUUACUACAGAAAGAAGGGAGGCAACGUGGUACCUGGAAUGGCAAGAAGACUGAUACUGACUUCUACAAAAAGAUAGUGGAUGCGUAUGAAGCGAAAAAUCAAGAAUUGAUGGCUGAGAACACUAAUCUAAGAGCAUUACUUCGAUCCAUGCAGACAGAUAUGCGUGAUUUUUUAAAUGCCCCAAACGGGUCAGCUAAUCCUUCAUUGGCUGGAAGUGAGAAACGUGAGGCUGAUCCUUCACAAUCUCCACUGGGUGGGAAGACGGACGUGUUUGAUCUACCUUACCGGAUGGCUAGAGGUCAAAUAGAAGAAAGUUUGCGCACUAAGAUGGCUUCCAUUAAGGAACGCAUGGUUCAGUUACAAGAUGCACCUAAAGGAGCAUCUGUUACAUCUGAAGCAACAGAGAGAGAGCUUGAACUCGAAGCUCAGCUCGUCGAGGCAAGAAGCAUAAUCCAAGAACAGGAGUCAAUAAUGUCGAAACAUCUCCCAAAAUCAGAGAAGCGAAGGGAAUCGGUAGUUCCAUUGGCAGCCGAGGGAGUAUGAAAAUGUCUAGGAGCUCAAAAUCUGUGGAUCCAAGUUAAGUGAUGGACGAAAUACUUCGAUUUGGUGACUCUUCUUCUUCUUCGUCUUCAUCCUCGUAAAAUGUGGCUAUGGAACAAAUAUAACAACUCUGUCCUAGAAGCUUUUAGGGAAAAUCAAAGCCGAGCUGAUAAUCCUUGGAUUCAAUUUUUAUUAUUCACUAUUAGAGAAAAGGAGGAAGAAGACGUGGGAAAGGACAAUUCAACAUGGUUUGAGCUUUUUGAUCACUAGAGUGUGAUAAGUGGGAAGAGAAAGGAAUAACACCAGCCUUAGCACCAAGCUUGAAGCUUUACCAAAGACUUCUAGAUUUGGGAUACAAACUUGGUCUAGAAGAUAUCUUCCCAGAUUUUGGGUCAUACGUUCUUAAUUUUUUAGCAAGAACAAGAACAAGUCUUCAACAAUUCAUGAAGCACCAUUUGGAGUUUUGACGCAAGAACCAGAACAGUUGUGUAUCGUUGGAGAGCAAAGUGGUUGUGGGAUUGUGUAGGAAGAAGAAGUAGAGAUCAAUUAUGGAUAAGCUGGUGGACCUAUUAAGCUAGAAAAGGAUCAUUUAGAUGAUGAAUGCUCAUGGAGGCAGUAAGCUUUAGAAAGAAAAUUUGUUUGGCCUA